GAAAGGAAGUCAGCUGACUUGCCCAAAACAAAUAUGGCGGCGUCAACGAUAAACACAUCAAAUCUUUCUGCGAGAGUUUUUUCCCUCCGUGCAUUUGGUCUCUGUCGACGCCUGUCCACAUUCUGAAUAUUCCGCGACAUCGGCGUUUAACCGGGGAGGCCUCGCCGCGCCGCGUUUGGACCGCAGAGCUAAAACGAAACCAGGAAAGUAAACGGAAGUGUCAACGGGCUGUUUGAAACCAAACAUCCGCUUCUGGCGACGCGUGUGUUUGCGACGAGAUCCCGUGGUUUCAGUGUGCAGGAGACUUGAUAAGCACGCUCAUAACAAAAAAAAACACGUUAAACGUGGGUUAAACGAGAUGAAGCGGCCUGCGGCGGCUCCGGUUCAACAAAGAAGCGAAGGGCCGUUCAAGAUGUAGCGUUUGGCCGACCGGAAGCUGAGCGGAACGCGCAUGGACGCGACCUCUGAGCACGGAGAGGUAACCGGUUGAGAGCAGCAUGGGGCUGGUGAACUUCGUGAUCUCCACCGUCGGGAAAUGCCUGGACGUCGCCGGUUUGCUGCUGGACCUGAACUUCCUGCUCGUCCACACCGUGGUGAGGACCCUGCUGGCCGUCGCCGCCUUCGUGGCCAACCUGCCCGCCCUGGUCCUCAGCCUGCUGCUGCAGCUGGCCAACCUGGCGCUGCUCUGCGUCGUCUACGCGGCGGAGACCGCCUCCGGCCUGGCCCACGGCGCCGUCAGCCAGCUGGGGGACGCGGUGCUGGGUCUGGAGGGGCUCCUGGAGAGCCUGAAGAUGGUGGGCUACCUGUCCAUGCACAUCCUGCUGCGCGGGAGGGAGCACCUGUGCCGGGGCGUGGUGUCCGUGCUGGAGGGCUGCGGCAUCGCCGUCAGCCUGGUGGUCUACUUCACCAACACGGUGGUGAACUUCGCGCUCAUCGCCACCCAGAACGCGUACGUGGCGGCCGUGGGCGUGUGGCAGACGGUGUCCAGUCCGCUGCAGAAGGCGCUGGAGCUCACCCUCACCUUCUUCACCUUCCUGUACAGCAGCCUGGCCGGCACCUCCGCCUUCCUGUGGUCUCCCUGCAAGCUCCUCCUGGACGUGGCGGCCUCCCUGCUCCACAUGUUCGUCUCCGUCUUCGUGCUGAACGUCUACGGCCUGCUGCUCACCGUCGCCGUCGCCCUGGUUACCACCUGCUACCUGAACCCCAGACUGGGCCGGCAGGCGGCCGUGCACGCGCUGGUCUACGUGAACUCCUUCCCCGCGCUGCGCAGACUCUUCCGGGUCACGUGGCGGCUCUCCUCGGCCCUGUGGAGGACCCCCGGCGCCCUGCAGCGCAACGCGCGGCACCUGCAGCUCCGGCUCCGGCGUCUCUCCCUGCUGGAGAGACGCUUCUGGCGGCAGCUGUCCCGCCACAGCAGCCCGCUGGGCCUGGUGCUGCGGACGCUGCUCCACAGGGACGCCGGCGGCAGGGCGAGAGGCGACGGCGAGCCCGGGGAGGAGCGCCGGGACCCGCCGGACGGACGAGCCGGGGACGGAGCCCUGCGGGAGUCGCGGGCCUCGCCGUCGUCGAGCUCAGACGGGCCGCUGAAGGCGUCGCCGUCUUUGGGCCAGGACGGUAAACCGCUGCCGGCCGAAAGUCUGCUCACCCUGCUGAAGGAGCAGGAGGAGAGGAAGAAGUGCGUCAUCUGCCAGGACUGCACCAAGACGGUGGUGCUGCUGCCGUGCCGACACCUGUGCCUGUGCAGGGAUUGCACCGACAUCCUGCUGAGGCAGCCGCUCUACCAGCAGAACUGCCCGCUGUGCCGUCGCAUGAUCCUGGACACCAUGGACGUGUAUCUCUGAGCCUUAAAGUGUCCCCCCCCCCCCCCCCCCCCCCCCAACCACACAGAGGAGCCCAAUAUAUAUAUAACGCCACUUCUCCAAGUUGUUGCUUUCAUUUCAUUAUUUUCUGGUUGUCUUCAGUCACCAAACGUGUAAAUUGGGUUUUAUUUUUAAUGGUGCUCGGAAAUGUUGUGACCAAAACCUGAUUGGGUUCUGCUCAGGCUGAGCUUUUUUUCCGGAGGUCUUAAAGGGAGAGAGAGGUUUCAAACGUUGGGUUCUUUGAGAGAAAUGUGCCGAAACCAACACAUCCAACAAGCCUGCUCCUGUGCUUCUCUUCACAUAGGAUAGUUUCUGCCGUUCUGACACUAAUCUAGCAGGUUUUCCCCUGAUUAACGCUGCCUGAGAUUCCCGCUUUCGUUCGCUGAUUCGUCCUAAACGACCACCCUGCGGUGUUCUAGUUGCUUUUUAAUCCGAGGAACGUUCCUGUUUCCAGAGAAGCGCUCUACAUACGUGCACUAAUCAAAGGUUGUGUAUGUUAAAGAUAGACUUCGCCAAGCAAAGUCCAGUUCAGCUCUGCUGUGUGUGUAUCACUGCUGCUUUGCAUUGUGGGAACUAAGAAAUCGUUGUCUACGGAUGUGUACCAGCGCUUGCUUGUAGGGACAUCUGCAGCAAUCUCCUGGACGGUCUCAGACCAACAUGGUUUGACAUUCUGGCUCCUGCGUCGCUGAGUCUCAGGUGUCGCAGGUUGUGUGUAUUGAGUUUGGCGCCGGGCUGCUAACAUCGCGCCUUACGUCUUACAGACGUCCCGCCAAUCGGGGCGCAGAGCUUUUGAGACGUUAGCGCAACGCCGUGCUCCGCCAUUCGGCCCUUUUCUGCGUUUUGUUUACACUCUGACUUUAUUUCCCGUUGAUUUCCCAGUCUUCCCUUCUCAGGUGUGUUAUUGCGACUCACCACCAAAUGAUCUAGAAAGGCUUUUCGCAGACGAUGUGAUAAACCAGAUUUGUGACGUUUUUUUUAAAAAAGGAGCAUAAACCAAUAAGGCUUCACCUAUUGAUCUGCUUGAAGUUUACAGGAUGUUGUUUUGGUCUCCAGGUGUAGCAGUGUUAUUCAUUGACCGAGUUGGGAGGGGGGAUCAGGUCUGAAACGUGGCCAAUUUGCUUUUUUCAAAGCUUUCUUUUGUCGUCUCCUCUUAAUGUGACUUGGCAGUGGGAGGCGCACAGUAACAACAGGCUGGUCUCCCCCGGCUCCUUGUCCGGUCCUAAGCUCUUCCUCUCAGGUAUUUCCUAAAACACCGCCGGCAUUCCCUGUUAGCGCGACACGACUGUUAUCUGUUGAUGUACCUGAAACGUUUAGCUGUGUGAGCAGUUUUGAGACGAUGUGAGCGGAAAAUGUGAAUGUAAUGGUUGUUUUUUUUGUUGUUGUUUUUUUAUUAACACGAUGGUUGCCGUGUAACCGGAAACUUCAGAAUAAAUCAGUCAGUGAAUGAA